AUGGGAGAAGAAAACCAAACCUCUGUGACUGAGUUUGUCUUCCUGGGCCUUUCGCAAGAUCCCCAGAUACAAGUCUUGCUCUUCUUCCUUUUUCUGAUCCUCUACGUGCUGACUGUGUUGGGAAAUCUGCUUAUUAUUGUGCUCACUCACAUAGACUCCAGGCUCCACACACCCAUGUACUUUUUUCUCAGAAACUUAUCCUUUGCUGAUCUCUGUUUUUCCACUACCACAGUCCCCCAGGUGCUGGUCCACUUUCUGGCAAAGAGGAAAACCAUUUCCUUUGCUGGAUGCUCAAUACAGCUAGUUGUUUUACUUCUAGUUGGGGGUACAGAGGGUGCACUGCUGGCAGUGAUGUCCUAUGACAGGUAUGUGGCUGUCUGCAAGCCCCUGCACUACUCCACUAUCAUGACACAUGGGGUAUGUGUCCAGCUGGCCAUCGGGUCUUGGGCCAUUGGAGCACUUGGGUCUCUGGUGGACACCAUAUUCACACUGCAUCUGCCGUACCGAGGGAACAAUGUUAUUAACCAUUUUUUUUGUGAACCUCCUGCCCUCAUGAAGCUGGCUUCAGCAGAUACCUACAGCACAGAAAUGGCCAUCUUUGUAAUGGGUGUGCUCAUCCUGCUCACUCCUGUCUCCCUGAUCCUUGUCUCCUACUGGAAUAUUAUCUCCACUGUGAUCCAGAUGCAGUCUGGCGAGAGUAGACUCAAGGUCUUCUCCACCUGUGGCUCCCAUCUCAUUGUCGUUGUCCUCUUCUAUGGGUCAGGAAUAUUUGCCUACAUGAGGCCAUACUCCAAGAUAAUGAAUGAAAGGGAUAAAAUGAUCUCUGUGUUCUACUCAGCAGUGACACCCAUGCUGAACCCCAUCAUUUAUAGUCUGAGGAACAAGGAUGUCAAAUGUGCUCUCAGGAGAGUGACUACAAAAUCUUUUUGA